AUGCGCCUGGGCCUGGCUUCUCUGCUGGUCGUGCUGCUGACUGUCCUCCUCCCGCCACCCUCCACACGCGCCGCCACUCCCCCCACCGCAGAUGACGACGGCCUCGCUGCGCUGUCGACACGCCCCGUCAGUCUCCGCCCUCUAAUCGACCGCGCCCACUACAACGGCGACCAAUCCCAGUACAUCGGCGACCACGCCUAUAUGGACCGCGCCUACUCCACGGCAGACCACGCCUACGCGGUCGCCGAUCGUCACCGGUUUCGCUCGAGGAUGCUCGAAGGGCCUGUCGGCAGCUCGUCCGAGGAGGACUCGUUCAAUGUCAUAGACGGCGGCGACGUUUACGGGGGCCACAAGGAGAAUUUGUCGGUGGGCGAUUUGAAGAGUGAACGGAGAUCGCAAGAGACGAUUCUGACUGUCGGGUAUUUGACGGCGGUCAAGGGGGAUAUGAAAGAGAGGCAGGGCAGGCAGAUCUCGGGGGCUGUUAAGAUGGCUUUGGAUGAGGUGAACAGCGACCCCAGCAUCCUGCCGAACGUGCGGCUCGACUUGCGCUGGUUCGACACGCGCGGCGAGACCGUUUUGGCGACCCGAGCGAUGACGGACAUGCUGUGCGACGGCGUGUCGGCCUUCUUCGGGCCCGAGGGCACCUGCCACGUCGAGGCGAUCGUGUCUCAAGCGAGGAACAUACCCAUGAUCAGCUACAAAUGCUCGGACUACAAAGCAUCGGAGGUGCCGACUUUUGCCAGGACUGAACCUCCAGACACGCAGGUUACCAAAUCCGUAAUUUCUCUGUUGACCUAUUACAAGUGGAACAAAUUCUCCAUCAUAUACGACUCCGCUUACACGACUGUAGCGCUCUCCCUCAAGGAGCAAGCCAAAGCGAAUAAUAUGACCAUCAACUUCAAGAGAGAGGCCAUGAGCAAACACAAGUGCUGCGAAAAUGAUUUGUCGUGUUGCCAGAUCGGCGAUUGGUACAAGAUCAUCCAAGAUACGAAGAACAAGACUCGAAUUUACGUAUUUCUGGGUACCCCUUUGGCCCUGGUGGAGCUCAUGGAUUCCAUGCAAGUGGCCAAACUGUUCGAUAACGGAGAAUACAUCGUGAUUUACGUCGACAUGAACACUUAUUCCGAAGCCCAAGCUUAUCAGUACCUUUGGAAGCCUUCCAUACUGAGGAAUUUCAAAAAGUGCGAUGACGUGCUGGAUUUCGAGGGGUCCAGGAAAAGGGCGAAGUCCUUGUUCGUCGUGGCUCCUACGGCGCCGACGCAGAAUUUCCAGCAUUUCAGCGAUAAAGUCCAAGAGUACAACGAAAAGCCGCCUUUCAAUUUCACCGUGUCCCAAAUUUUACCGGCCCACUAUGAAUAUUAUGUCACAAUGUAUGCCGCCUACCUUUUCGAUUCCGUCAAGUUGUACGCUUCGGCGUUGCACCAUCUCCUGCUCCAACAGCCGAUACUAAACGAUGCCGUCAUCAGAGAAGUCGCCAAGAACGGUACGAAAAUCAUCGAGACCAUCAUCAAAAUCAACAGGACGUACAAAAGUAUCUCGGGCGCCAUGAUGAAGCUGGACCAGAACGGGGAUUCGGAGGGGAAUUUUUCGGUGAUCGCUUACACCGAGCCAGAGAACAAGAACGUCAGGUCGAAUUUCACGUGUGAUUAUCAGAUGAGGUCUGUCGGACAGUUCUAUCAGACGGAUAGCAAUUCGUUUCCGCAAUACGACCUGAACUCCAACACCCAGAUCCAGUGGCCCGGCAGCGGCCGGCCCAAGUCGGAGCCAAGCUGCGGCUUCGACAACGAGCUGUGCCCGAAGCCCAACACGCAGCUGAACAGCAUCGUCGCAGCUGGCGUCUUGGCCAUCAUGCUCUUCUGCGUCGGCGUCAUCACCAUGAGCAUAUACAGGAAGUGGAAGAUCGAGCAGGAGAUCGAGGGGCUCUUGUGGAAGAUCGAUCGGGAGGAUAUUCAUAAUUAUUUCGAUAGAGAUAUCAUUUCUAGUCCUAGUAAGAUGAGCCUUGCCAGCGCCAGCGUGACGUCAUACGAGUCGCGGGGUGGGCUGCAAGUAUUCGCUACCACUGCUCAAUACAGGGGUGUAGUGGUGCGCAUCAAGGAGCUGUCGUUCUCGCGCAAGAAGGACAUCUCGCGCGAGGUGAUGAAAGAGAUGCGGCUGCUGCGCGAGCUACGCCACGACAACGUCAACUCGUUCAUCGGGGCGGUGGUCGAGCCCACCUCGCUGCUGCUGCUCACGGACUAUUGUGCCAAAGGAAGUUUGUAUGAUAUUAUAGAAAACGAAGAUAUCAAACUGGAUAAAAUGUUCAUAGCUUCACUAGUCCAUGAUCUAAUCAAAGGUAUGUUGUAUCUGCACAACUCGAUGUUGAUCUGCCACGGAAAUUUGAAAUCUUCGAACUGUGUCGUCACCAGCCGUUGGGUGCUGCAAGUUACGGAUUUCGGUUUGCCCGAGAUGCGACACUGUGCGGAGAACGAAAGUAUAGGAGAACAUCAGUAUUACAGAAGUUUGUUCUGGAAGGCGCCCGAGAUCCUGCGGAACCCCUGCGAGUACGUGAAAGGCACCCAGAAGGGCGACGUGUACAGCUUCGCCAUCAUCCUGUUCGAGAUGAUCGGCAGAAGGGGGCCGUUCGGCAUGACAGGGUACGAACCGAGAGACAUCGUCGAGCUGGUGAAGCGGCCGCCCGCGCCCGACGAGGAGCCCUUCCGCCCCGACGUCGAGCUGCUGCUGGACUCGGAGAUCGGCUGCGAGGACUACGUGCUGCAGUGCAUGCGCGACUGCUGGGCGGACCGACCGGAGGCGCGGCCGGAUUUUCCGGUGAUCCGGACCAGGUUGAAGAGGAUGAAGGACGGAAAGAACAAAAAUAUUAUGGACCAAAUGAUGGACAUGAUGGUUACUUAUGCUAACCAUCUAGAAGAACUAGUAAAUGAGAGAACAAGGCUGCUUUAUGAAGAAAAAAUGAAAACCGAAGAUUUGUUACACAGGAUGUUACCUAAGCCCGUAGCAGAAAAGUUAACGAGAGGAUUGGGCGUCGAGCCGGAAUCCUUCGAUUUAGUGACGAUUUAUUUCAGCGACAUUGUAGGUUUUACUGCGAUGUCUGCCGAAAGCACCCCCCUCCAAGUAGUCAACUUUCUCAAUGAUCUCUACACAGUAUUCGAUGGCAUUAUAAAAGGCUACGACGUCUACAAAGUGGAAACCAUCGGAGAUGCGUACAUGGUGGUAUCAGGUUUACCAAUCCGGAACGGAGACAAACACGCUGGAGAAAUAGCUUCUAUGGCCUUGGAUCUGUUGGCUGCAGUGAAAAAUCAUACAAUAGCUCACCGUCCCAACGAAACUCUCAAAUUGCGCAUAGGAAUCCAUACAGGACCUGUUGUGGCCGGCGUUGUGGGUCUCACGAUGCCGCGUUACUGUCUCUUCGGAGACACCGUCAACACCGCAUCGCGCAUGGAGAGUAACGGAGAACCGCUGAAAAUCCACAUAAGCGGCCAAUGCAAAGACGCGUUGGACAAAGUGGGCGGGUACAUCGUCGAGGAGAGGGGAGUGGUCAGUCUCAAAGGCAAAGGUAACGUAAUGACUUAUUGGCUGACCGGAGCCACGGAACAGGCCAUCCAAAAGCGGGAGGUCGACUUAGCGAUGUUGCCGCAGCUGUUCUCUUUCCCCGGCAGGAGCCCCAAACUGACGUCUGAGUCGCGGCAGCCGUCGUUCUGCGGGGGCUACGGGGGAGUGUUCAGCAGGAGGCAUUCCAGCGUGCCCAGAGGUACGAGUAUCGAAGUCGAAAGCACGUCGACCCUACAAAACGCGAGCCCGGUGCUGCCCAACCGGCUCAAGGCGCUCCGGCACAACUUGCUCGUUCCAGACCAGCAGGCCGGUUCCAAACUCACCAUCAACACGGUGUUCGGCAGCCAGCCGAUGGACCAGCAGCAGCAGCAGGAAGAAGGUGGCAGGAAAGCGGUGCGGCAGAAGCGAGUGCUGUCGAGCAUUGCGUCGAGCUGCGACGAGCAGCAGCAGCAGCAGCGGUGCAGCCAGGGGGUGUUGGAAGAGCGAGGGAAAGUGUCCAAGUCGUUGGACCCGUUGCCUUUCAUGAGAGGUAACAAAGCGACAGACCUGAUCGAGCGCUUCCUGCGCGGCCAGCGCCGGUCGACCCGCUCGCUGGACAACUGCGACAAGGUCGGCGACAUCCAGAUAAUCGCCAUACCCGACGACAAGCUCGCCAACAACAAUUUCCCCAAUGGCAACGCGCUGCCCUCAGAAGGCGGCGGUUGUCUGGAGGACGUACAGGUGCCGCUGCUGAACCCGACCUUCAACGAGCCGGUUAUCGUGAGGAGGAGGGGGGGAAGCGCGGUGGACGACGUGCCCGAUUAUUUUCCCAAGAGAUGGCGUUCUUUGGAGGCCGUAUCGGCGUCCUGCGCCCAGCUGUCGGACGUGCCGAGCAAAAAGUCCAUACCGGGCAGGAUGACGUUCAAAAGUUGGCUGGUCGGCCUGUUCAGCGGGACCAGCCUGAAGGCCAGCGAGGCGUCCUUGAAAAAAGGCGUGCUCAACGAGUACAGCAAUCUGCAGCCGGAGAAGGAAAGCAUAGUCUAA